AUUUUUGUUCAACCUGCGCCCCGACGAUCCAUCUGAAUCUCGCUUGGGAUUUCGAAAAUUUCUCGUUGAAUCGAUACGGAUAACGGAGGACUUUGGGUGAAUUCCGAUCGAUUCAGCUAUGGAGAAUGCAAACGUGCAAGAGAUAUUGGAGAAGCAGUUGCUGACGGUCGCGAAGGCUGUGGAGGAUAAGAUCGACGAUGAGAUCGCGGCCUUGGAUCGGCUGGAUUUGGACGAUAUUGAGGUGCUGAGGGAGCGAAGGCUGCAGCAGAUGAAGAAAAUGGCGGAGAAACGGAGCCGUUGGACCGCCCUUGGACACGGCGAGUACUCCGAGAUCCCGAACGAGAAGGAAUUCUUCUCCGUCGUGAAGGCUAGCGAACGCGUCGUCUGCCAUUUUUAUCGGGAGAAUUGGCCUUGCAAGGUCAUGGAUAAGCAUAUGGCAAUAUUAGCAAAGCAGCAUAUUGAGACGCGCUUUGUAAAGCUCAAUGCCGAAAAAAGUCUAUACUUAAGCGAAAAGCUCAAAAUUGUUGUCCUCCCAACACUGGCUCUCGUAAAGAAUGCUAAAGUGGAAGAUUAUGUAGUGGGGUUUGAUGAGCUAGGCGGGACUGAUGAUUUCAGCACGGAGGAAUUGGAAGAGAGGUUAGCCAAAGCAGAGGUCAUUUUCUACGAAGGCGAAUCUUCUCGAAUCCUUGCCAAACAUAAAGCGCCAGGUAGGAAUGUUCGACAAGGCUCGACUUCAUACUCUUCAGAUUCUGAGUAAGUCAUUGCUGCCAUUACUAUCCUUUUGGUCUAUAUCGAGAUAUGUAUUUGGUUGUGGUCAUUUUGGUGAUGGCUAUUGUUGUAGCAUAGACCAUAUGGAAUUGCUUUUGACCUUUAUAUAUUGUUAUUAAGGGGAAGAAAGGGUGUGUUUCUUUA